AUGCGGCACAACCUCCUUGACGAGGAGGACGAGGCGGGGCAUCACAGCAGCAACAGCAGUUCGAGGGGGAGUUCUUUCCGCCGCGACGAGGAGUUUAUGAAUGAGGACCCCCCUGUUUUUGAUGUUGCCGUCGCUGCUCAGGAGCACGAUGACAUCAUCCUCUGCGACGAUGCACCGCCGAUGGUGUUUUGCGCCCCGGAGCCCACCGCCGGUGCAUUAAAAAAGGAGCAGCAAAAACAGCUCCUUCAGCGGCAGCAGGAGAGCAUGGGCUCUGCGGCCCAGCCAAAGCUGACAGGGUUCUUUCGGCCCGGGGUCGUUGAAUUCCAGAAGAAGUACGUUCGUGAGGUGGAGACCGACAUGGUACUUAACGAUGGUGAAUACAUCUGCAAAGACGUGGUGCGGUUCCGUCAUAAAGAAACCAACGAGGUUAUUUCAGAGGAGGAGUUUCACAGGCGCAGCGGUGAGAUGAUGCGCAGCCCCCGCUCGGACCUCCAGAACGGAAAUCCAAGCGAGAGCACUCCCACUGACCAAGUUAGCCCUCCUUGCCCCGCUGGUAACGUGAAGUCUACCGCAGUGGAGGCGGCAAGGAGCGGCAGGCAGCCGAAGAUAGAGAAACAGCUGCGCUCACAGCCCAAAACACUUUUCUCUUAUUUUAAACCCGUCUCCUCGUGA